AGAAGGGCGGGACAUGGCGGCCUCUUCCUGGACCGCACCCCGGUUCCUGCUGCCUCUGCUCUGAGUGAAAUCAGGCGAACCAGUGAGCAGCCAGCGGAGGAGGGAGGGCAAAAAGGAAGAAGGGGAGAGAGAGAAAAAAAAAAAAGGUUAGAAAGAGUGACUGAAGUAAGAGAGAAAGAGAGGGAGGAAGCGAGCGACUGUAGUUUAGCCUGAACUCUCUGCGAAGCUGCUGUUCGACUGGAGAAGAAGUUUGACUCAAGGCGACGCGGAACUGAACCACCUGGUUGUUGUUAGCCACACACCGAAAGGCGCCCUGCAACCAAAAAGCAGCCAACAUGUCAGCCGCAGACAAGUUCCUGUACGUGGACCGCAACCUGGUCAACAACCCCCUGGCUCAGGCGGAUUGGGCCACCAAGAAGCUGGUAUGGGUCCCCUCGGAGCGCCUGGGCUUCGAGGCCGGCUCGGUGAAGGAGGAGCGCGGGGACGAGUGCGUGGUGGAGCUGGCCGACUCCGGGAAGAAGAUCAGGGUGAACAAGGAUGACAUCCAGAAGAUGAACCCGCCCAAGUUCAGCAAGGUGGAGGACAUGGCCGAGCUCACGUGCCUGAACGAGGCGUCCGUGCUUCACAACCUGAAGGAGAGAUACUACUCUGGACUCAUAUAUACGUACUCCGGUCUCUUCUGCGUCGUCAUCAACCCCUACAAGAACCUGCCCAUCUACUCAGAGGAGAUCGUCGACAUGUACAAGGGCAAGAAGAGACACGAAAUGCCCCCGCACAUAUACGCCAUCACUGACACAGCCUACAGAAGCAUGAUGCAGGAUCGUGAAGACCAGUCCAUCCUCUGCACCGGAGAGUCCGGUGCUGGUAAGACAGAAAACACCAAAAAAGUCAUCCAGUAUCUGGCUCAUGUGGCCUCCUCUCACAAGACCAAGAAAGACCAGAACAGCUCGAUCCUGUCACAUGGGGAGCUAGAGAAGCAGCUGCUGCAGGCGAACCCCAUCCUGGAAGCCUUUGGAAACGCAAAGACGGUCAAGAACGACAACUCCUCCAGAUUUGGAAAAUUCAUCAGGAUCAACUUUGACGUCAACGGCUACAUCGUCGGGGCCAAUAUUGAGACUUACCUGUUGGAGAAAUCUCGUGCCAUCCGACAGGCCAAAGACGAGAGGACCUUCCACGUCUUCUACUACCUGCUGACGGGAGCUGGAGACAAACUGCGCAAUGAACUCCUCCUGGAGAAUUACAACAACUACCGUUUCCUGUCCAACGGGAACGUGACCAUCCCCGGACAGCAGGACAAGGACAUGUUCACGGAGACCCUGGAGGCCAUGAAGAUCAUGAGCAUCCCAGAGGACGAGCAGAUCGGCAUGUUGAAGGUGGUGUCCUCUGUGCUGCAGCUCGGUAACAUGACCUUCAAGAAGGAGCGUCACACGGACCAGGCCUCCAUCCCCGACAACACCACCGCCCAGAAAGUGUCUCACCUCAUGGGCAUGAACGUCACAGACUUCACCCGGGCCAUCCUGUCCCCCAGGAUCAAAGUAGGCCGAGACUACGUGCAGAAGGCUCAGACCCAGGAGCAGGCCGAGUUCGCUGUGGAGGCCCUGGCCAAAGCCACGUACGAGAGGAUGUUCCGCUGGCUCGUCAUGAGGCUCAACAAAGCCCUCGACAAGACCAAGAGACAGGGAGCGUCCUUCAUCGGCAUCCUGGAUAUCGCCGGCUUUGAGAUCUUUGAUCUGAACUCCUUCGAGCAGCUCUGCAUCAACUACACCAACGAGAAGCUGCAGCAGCUGUUCAACCACACCAUGUUCAUCCUGGAGCAGGAGGAGUACCAGAGGGAGGGCAUCGAGUGGAGCUUCAUCGACUUCGGCCUGGAUCUGCAGCCCUGCAUCGACCUCAUUGAGAAACCUGCCAGCCCUCCCGGUAUCCUCGCUCUGCUGGACGAGGAGUGCUGGUUCCCUAAAGCCACCGACAAGAGCUUUGUGGAGAAGGUUCUCCAGGAGCAGGGCACCCACCCCAAGUUCUUCAAGCCCAAGAAACUGAAGGAAGAAGCCGACUUCAGCAUCAUCCAUUACGCCGGCAAGGUGGACUACAAAGCAGACGAGUGGCUGAUGAAGAACAUGGACCCCCUGAAUGACAACGUGACCUCUCUGCUGAACCAGUCCACUGACAAGUUUGUGUCUGAGCUCUGGAAAGACGUGGACCGCAUCGUGGGCCUGGAUAAGGUCACCGGCAUGAACGAGCCCGGUGCCUUCAAGACUCGUAAGGGAAUGUUCCGUACGGUGGGCCAGCUGUACAAGGAGCAGCUGUCUAAGCUCAUGGCGACUCUGAGGAACACAAACCCCAACUUUGUGCGCUGCAUCAUCCCCAACCACGAGAAGAAGGCUGGUAAACUGGACCCCCAUCUGGUGCUGGACCAGCUGCGGUGUAAUGGUGUCCUGGAGGGAAUCCGUAUCUGCAGACAGGGCUUCCCCAACCGCAUCGUGUUCCAGGAGUUCAGACAGAGGUAUGAAAUCCUCACUCCUAACGCCAUCCCCAAAGGCUUCAUGGACGGGAAGCAGGCCUGCGUGCUCAUGAUCAAAAGCCUGGAGCUGGAUCCCAACCUGUUCCGGAUCGGUCAGAGCAAAGUGUUCUUCAGAGCCGGAGUCCUCGCUCACCUGGAGGAGGAGAGAGACAUGAAGAUCACUGACAUCAUCAUCAGCUUCCAGGCCUGGUGCAGAGGAUACGUCGCCCGCAAGGCUUUCGCUAAGAGACAGCAGCAGCUGACUGCGAUGAAGGUGAUCCAGAGGAACUGUGCCGCUUACCUGAAGCUCAGGAACUGGCAGUGGUGGAGACUCUUCACUAAGGUGAAGCCCCUGCUUCAAGUCAGCAGGCAGGAGGAGGAGAUGAUGGCCAAGGAUGAAGAGCUGGUGAAGGUGAAGGAGAAGCAGCAGUACGCCGAGCUGCAGCUGCAGGAAAUGGAGGAAAAGCAGCAUCAGCUGAGCGCAGAGAAGAUGGCCCUGCAGGAGCAGCUCCAGGCAGAAACAGAACUCUGCGCCGAGGCCGAGGAGAUGAGAGCUCGUCUGGCUGCCAGGAAACAGGAGCUGGAGGAGAUUCUCCACGACCUGGAGGCCCGUGUGGAGGAGGAGGAGGAGCGCGCCUCACACCUGACGUCAGAGAAGAAGAAGAUGCAGCAGAAUAUUUCAGACCUGGAGCAGCAGCUGGAUGAGGAGGAGGCCGCCAGGCAGAAGCUCCAGCUGGAGAAGGUCACGAUGGAGGCCAAGGUGAAGAAGAUCGAGGAGGACGUGAUGGUUCUCGAGGACCAGAACAACAAACUCCUGAAGGAGAAGAAGCUGAUGGAUGAGAGGAUCUCUGAGUUCACCACCAACCUGACCGAGGAGGAGGAGAAAUCCAAGAGCCUGCAGAAACUGAAGAACAAGCACGAGGCCAUGAUCACCGAUCUGGAGGACCGCCUGCGCAGGGAGGAGAAGCAGCGCCAGGAAGUGGAGAAGAACCGCCGUAAGCUGGAGGGCGACUACACCGACGUUCACGACCAGAUCGCUGAGCUGCAGGCGCAGAUCGCCGAGCUCCGCGCUCAGCUGGCCAAGAAGGAGGAGGAGCUCCAGGCAGCUCUGGCCAGGAUGGAGGAGGAGGCGGCCCAGAAGAACCUGGCCCAGAAGAAGAUCCGUGAGUUGGAGGCUCAGAUCUCCGAGCUGCAGGAGGAUUUGGAGCUGGAGAAGCAGUCCCGCAUGAAGGCAGAGAAACACCGCAGGGACCUGGGAGAAGAGCUGGAGGCCCUGAAGACCGAGCUGGAGGACACGCUGGACUCCACCGCCGCUCAGCAGGAGCUCAGGUCCAAGCGUGAGACUGAGGUCGCUCAUCUGAAGAAGACUCUGGACGACGAGGCCAAAGUCCACGAGCAGCAGCUGUCCGAGAUCAGACAGAAACACGGACAGGCCUUCGACGAGCUCAACGAGCAGCUGGAGCAGGCCAAGAGGAACAAAGUGUCCAUGGAGAAGGCCAAGCAGGCUCUGGAGUCCGAGAGGAACGAGCUGGCCAUCGAGCUGCAGACGCUGACGCAGGGGAAGGGAGAUUCCGAGCACCGCAGGAAGAAGGCCGAAGCUCUGGUCCAGGAGCUGCAGCUCAAACACUCAGAGAGCGAGCGCCAGAGGCAGGAGCUGGCAGAGAGGCUCUCAAAGUCUCAGGCUGAACUGGAAAAUGUGAGCCUUUUGCUGAAUGACGUGGAGGGCAAAUCCAUCAAGGCCACCAAAGACUGCUCCGCCGUGGAGUCUCAGCUGCAGGAUAUUCAGGAGCUCCUCCAGGAAGAGACUCGCCAGAAGCUGUCUCAGAACACGCGUGUGCGCCAGCUGGAGGAAGAACACAACAGCCUGAGAGAUCAGCUGGAGGAGGAAGAGGAGGCCAAGAGGAACGUGGAGAAGCAGCUGCAGAUGGUGCAGGCUCAGCUCGCCGAGAUGAAGAAGAAGGUGGAGUCGGACGCCGGCUGUCUGGAGACGGCUGAGGAAGGAAAGAAGAGGUUCCAGAGGGACCUGGAGGCCGUGAACCAGAGGAUGGAGGAGAAAUGUGCCGCCUUCGAGAAGCUGGACAAGACCAAGACCCGUCUGCAGCAGGAGCUGGACGACAUGGUGGUGGACCAGGAUCAUCUGAGGCAGAUCGUCUCCAACCUGGAGAAGAAGCAGAAGAAGUUUGACCAGAUGCUGGCAGAGGAGAAGAACAUCUCCGCCCGCUACGCAGAGGAGCGUGACCGAGCUGAGGGCGAGGCCAGAGAGAAGGAGACCCGUUCUCUAGCUCUGACCCGCGAGCUCGACGCUCUGAUGGACAUUAAGGAAGAACUGGACCGCAACAACAAACUGCUGCGUGCUGAGAUGGAGGACCUCGUCUCCUCUAAGGACGACGUGGGAAAGAAUGUCCACGAGCUGGAGAAGUCCAAGCGUGCUAUGGACCAGCAGCUGGAGGAGAUGAAGACUCAGCUGGAGGAGCUGGAGGACGAGCUGCAGGCCACCGAGGACGCCAAGCUGCGUCUGGAGGUCAACAUGCAGGCCAUGAAGGCUCAGUACGAGAGAGACCUCGCAGGGCGGGACGAGAUGGGCGAGGAGAAGAAGAGAUCGCUCGUCAAACAGGUCAGAGAGAUGGAGAUGGAGUUGGAGGAUGAGAGGAAGCAGCGUUCUGUUGCCGUCGCCGCACGCAAGAAGCUGGAGUUGGACCUGAAGGAGCUGGAGGCCGGCAUCGACAUGGCCAACAAGAACCGUGACGAGGCGCUGAAACAGCUGAAGAAACUCCAAGCUCAGAUGAAGGACCUGUUCCGGGAGCUGGAGGACACUCGCAUGUCCAGAGAGGAGAUCCUCGCUCAGAGCAAGGAGACGGAGAAGAAGCUGAAAAGCAUGGAGGCUGAGAUGCUCCAGAUGCAGGAGGAGGUGGCCGCCGCAGAGCGAGCCAAGAGACAGGCGCAGCAGGAGAGAGACGAACUGCAGGAUGAGAUCAACAACCAGGCCGCCAAGCAUGCUCAGACCGCAGAGGAGAGGAGACGGCUGGAGGCUCGCAUCGCUCAGCUGGAGGAGGAGCUGGAGGAGGAGCAGUGCAACACUGAGCUGGUCAACGACCGACUGAAGAAAGCGAUGCUGCAGAGCGACCAGAUGAACGUGGAGCUGGCCGCCGAGCGCAGCAGCUCUCAGCGCGUGGAAGGAGCUCGUUCUCAGCUGGAGCGCCAGAACAAGGAGCUGAAACUGAAGCUGCAGGAACUGGAGGGAACCGUCAAAUCCAAGUACAAGGCCAACAUGACCGCCCUGGAGGCCAAGAUCGCUCAGCUGGAGGAACAGCUGGACAUGGAGACCAGGGAGAGACAGGCAGCCACCAAGAUGGUGAGACGCACGGAGAAGAAACUGAAGGAAGUCAUCCUGCAGGUGGACGACGAGAGACGCAACACCGAGCAGUUCAAGGAUCAGGCGGACAAGCUGAACUCUCGCACGAAGCAGCUGAAGCGUCAGCUGGAGGAGGCUGAGGAGGAGGCUCAGAGGGCGAACGCCAACCGAAGGAAGCUGCAGAGAGAGCUGGAGGACGCCAGCGAGUCCGCGGACGCCAUGAACCGGGAAGUCAGCUCCCUCAAGAGCAAGCUCAGACGUGGUGACCUCCCCUACCUUAUUCGCCGCACGGUCCCCCGCGCUUCAGGCGUCGAAAGCGACGAGGAGGGCGAGCCCAAGAGCGAGCCCAAGAGCGAGACCGCUGAGCCUAAACCUGAAUGAAGAGCCACAGUGUGCCGCUCCACUCCUGAAAAACUGCAUCACACACACAGACACACACACACACACACACACACACACAAACACACACAUAGACCCAGAAUCACAAAGAGCACACAUAACCGCAACAACUGACAGAGAGGAACACAAAGAUGAGGAUGUUGUUAAAAACUAAAGACGGGGGUUUAGUCCUGUGACAGUCUGAUCGACACAACAUGACAAUCUAUGCAUUCUUAACACACUGACACACACACACACACUGAAGCCAGUAAACUGGGACAAUCACCAUGCUGACAACACACACACACACACACACACACACAUACACACACACACACACAUGUUUCUUUUUGGGCCAAAUUUUGUUUCUUUUGCUUCAUUUUUCAUCUCUGGGAAAAAAAAAAAGAAAGAAAGGAUAUUUUUAUAAGGAAACAUUCCAAUUAUGAAUAGUCCUGAUCACGGAUCUAUUUUUCUAAUUGAAGAAAGAGAAAAGAAAGAAAGAAGUAAAGGGGUAAAUGAAGACGGAUCACAGGAAGGGGACCAAAGUAAUAUCUCGAUCUAUAGAAUUGUAUUUUAUGCAGACGUUUUUAUAAUGGUUAAAAAUGGAAGUGCUUCAUGUUUAUUAUGCUCGCGCUCUGGCCUCAGUUUAUAAUGAAGGUUUCUAUGCUGAAAUGUACUCGAUCCAUUUAGCUGCAGUUAGUACUCGUGACUCCGCUUUUGGGCUUAACAAUGUGAUACACACGUUUCAUGCAGCGACAUCAAAUCAGAGGCAGGAUUCAGGUGACUAAUUGGACUCUGAAGCAUAUUGAAGGCGUUUAUCUGAUUGUGAAUGUGCUGAAAUCUCUUCGUUUUUGCACUGAGAUGAAAACAAACAAACACUUAAAGCCUUGACGUAAACCACUGCCUUUAUGUGCUUCAUUUAAAAACACGGACGAAGGAGCUCAGAGUGCCAACACACACUAAGGCCUUAAACGCAUCUGAAUUCUCCCGGGCGGGGCGGUUGGCUUUGUAUCCGGACGUGCGUUGAUAUAUUGUGUUUAUUUUACGUUCAUCACUAUCAGUGUUUUUGUUGAUGUUGGAGGUGAAGUCUAUACGGGGUGGUGGGGUUGUUUAUUACUCACAGCACACACUGUAUUCUCAGAGCACAGCUUGCUGCAGGGAGUUUAAAACCCCCUCUGCAGAACGGUUAAAAACAUACACACACACACACACACACCCGCCAGAGGAUGACCCCUCUCAGGCUGUGCUCAGGGCGGCUUUUGGCUCACACUGCUGGGAAGUGAGAGGAAAUAAAAAAUAACAGCUCAGAAUUUAAACCAUCACUUUAAUCGCACUUAAAAAAAAGAAAAGGAAAUAUAAAAACAGCAUCUCCAACAUUCUUCUGUAGUGUUUGUCUGUCUGCACCUCUGGAAUGGAUCUCAUGUUGUGAAAUGUUGGUGUUAUUGCAAUAAAAGAGGCUUUCUAAACCGCUA